GUUGAUUGGCUGCUCCGUCACCCCGAUGUCAUCACGCACGGUCGCCGGCCGACGCGCGCUCUCCGAUUGGCUCGGGCGGUGCGCAGGCGCGGAGUUGCUGCGCUCUUGGUCAAGAUGGCGCUGAAUGCAACGAAUCCGUCCCAGCUGUUACCUCUAGAGUUGGUGGACAAAUGCAUUGGCUCACGGAUUCAUAUUGUUAUGAAAAACGAUAAGGAGAUUGUAGGAACACUUCUUGGUUUUGAUGAUUUUGUCAACGCACCUCUCAAAAAGGCAAGCCUCUUCAGCGAAAGUUUUAUUUUAAAGAAAGGUGAACGUAAAAAACUGGGCCAAGAGUCUGAAUUAAGGGAUAUUGCAAGAUGACUUGUUGUAUCCACUGGAUUUUCAGUGAAGCAAUUCAAUGAUAAAUAUCCAGCUCUGAUUACGACUACAUUCAACUUGAAUCUUUGGGGAUUCAGUGCUGUUCCCCCCUGCCCCUUUCAGGUUUUAUCAGGUAUACAGAAAUACUGGUAUUUGGAAGCUUUGUCAGUUUGCGGGAACUUCUGACUUUCCAACUAUCAGCUGUGUUUUGGCAAUGGCCUGGGUUUUAAGUUUUUUUUUAAGAAUUUCUAGUUUGUGUAUAGUAUAUUCUGUCAUGGGGAAAAGUGCUUGUUUGUGUGUCAAUGAAAUGAUACCAGUAUUGGCAUGCAGAUCAUCAAAUCCCUUCAAAUGUUCAACACUAAUAAAGCCUUGCACCUUAUUUUACCCUUUUCUGUUUAAUUAGUUUUUCUCAUCCUUGCUUCU